AUGCCCGCCGCCACAGACCCUGUUUCGCGCUCGCCUUCGCCCACACUUGCCCCGCCCAUCGCCGACACGCCAGGGCCACGCGCGCAAGGUCUGAUCAAUGUCUUUAACCAGGCCUCGAAGGCGACGCUGGACAAAUGCUCUUCCAAUAACUUCGCGUCAUGCUUUCCUACAGCAGCGCAAUACAGUCCAGAGGUGCUAGACAAUUUGAGAGGGCAGAUCGUUGAUCAAUUGGACCGGACAUGGAAGACCAACUUCGAGGAUAUCAUGGAAAGGCGAAACGUUGUCAGGCUACUCAACUCUCUAGAUCAGUGCAUAGAGGAUGCGAAGCUCAGGAAGAAGCGCGCUGAGGCAAGCGCCAAUGGCGGACCUGUGGAGGCGCCUGUGCCACCCCACACUCUCACACCGUCCGAGAUUCACCUCGCUCACCUGAUGCCCUUCCUGGAAAAACAAGUAACCGAUAUGACCGCCAAGCUGGCUGACACACAGCAGUCGAAUACCGAGCUGCUUUCGACCGUCACCGCACAGCGUGCAGAGAUCGAAGCGCUAGUACGAGGAUUGGAGAAUGUCGUUCAAGAUUUGGAGGUCAGCGCGCAAAUGAUGGCUCAGGAUGAUGUCCAAGGGUUGAGCAAGGAAAUCAAGGACUAUGAGACGGAGAUGAGGACUUGA